AUCUUGAUACCCUAAGGCCACAUAUUUAAGAAUAUGAACACCUUCUCCCUGCUUUAUUUGGUCUGAUACAUUAUCUGCCCCUCUGAUACGGCGUCUGAUGGGUUAGGAGUCAAGUCGCAAGCAACCCACCUACGUUGGGAUCUGCACCGGUGUACAGCGUCCGUUCCUGAUUUCAUCGUAUAUUAUGGCUUCUACGCCUGAUCCCACAUUGAAUCUACCAAGAAUACUGUGUCUGCAUGGAGGUGGUGUCAAUGCGGCUAUCUUCAAAGCUCAAUUUCGGGCAUUCUUGAAUCACGAGAAACUCCGAGAUCGUUACCGCUUUGUGUUCGUUGACGCUCCCUUCUUCUGUGACGAAGGUGUCGGAGUCCAUCCAGUAUAUUCAGAUUGGGGGCCCUUUCGCAGAUGGUUUCGGUGGCUUGAUUCUCACCCAGAAAUCGACCCAGCCGCCUGUUCUUACGAGCUCGAAUACACAAUUGAGCGGUGCAUGGAGAGCGACGAAGGAACGGGAGAGUGGGUCGGAGUUCUUGGUUUCAGUCAGGGCGCAAAGCUCGCCGCCAGUUUGUUGUACGAGCAGCAACUCCAGGGAAAGACUGGGCCAUGGAGGUACGCUGUUAUUCUAGCUGGACGAGCCCCAAUGGUCAGUCUCAACGAAGAGUCCGAACAACUUCCAUGGAUGCAAUCAGCUGGAGGACUAGCAGAUGCUGCAGAUUUGGAAAGCAUUUUCGAACGACCAGAUAUGAAACUCAAAAUCCCAACAUUGCAUGUUCAUGGCCUGAAAGACGAGGGGCUACAUUUACACAAGAUAAUGGUUGAGGAUUACUGUGCCCCAGGCACAGCUACGCUGAUUGAAUGGGAUGGGCCUCAUCGCAUACCCAUCAAGAAGAGCGACGUCGACAGGGUCGUUGAUGCUUGGGUGGAACUGGCAAAUGAAUAUGGAGUAUGAGAUGAGCAAAGUUCUACAAAAAAUUGCGACCAAGCCACUGCUAUCUCGUGGCCAGCGCUCCCCUAUUCAAUCAGGGAAAUCUG